UCUCUAUCCGACCCGUCGAACUAUGAUCUGACCAAUAAACACAUUUUAUGGGUUCGGCCGAUGAAGACACGCAAUCAGACAAUAGGCUCCGUUCGGCUAAACAUUUGCAUGUGAGAGUGAAUAAAUACCACAGCGACGAGACUCUUCAACAUUCAGCAUUUACUCAUCUGUGAAGAAGCAUCAUGCCUGAACCAGCCAAACCCGCGCCCAAGAAGGGCUCUAAGAAGGCCGUCACCAAGACCGCCGUUAAGGGAGGAAAGAAGCGCAGAAAGUCCAGGAAGGAGAGUUACGCCAUCUACGUGUACAAAGUGCUCAAGCAGGUCCACCCCGACACCGGCAUCUCUUCCAAGGCGAUGGGCAUCAUGAACUCUUUCGUCAACGACAUCUUCGAGCGCAUCGCCGGUGAGUCGUCUCGUCUCGCGCACUACAACAAGCGCUCCACCAUCACGUCGAGAGAGAUCCAGACCGCCGUGCGUCUGCUGCUGCCCGGUGAACUCGCCAAACACGCCGUGUCCGAGGGCACCAAAGCCGUCACCAAGUACACCAGCUCCAAGUGAAUGUGAAUGAUGAUGAUGAUGAUGAAAACUCACGCGCUCU